AUGCUCAAAAGGAAGUUAACGAUGAAGGUUGGCCCGACCAAGGAUAGGGUUUAUGUGCCAAGUUCAGAUCCUCCUUUCAAGUACUCUAAUUGUACUUAUGUAAGUUUUUUUGACGUUUUUUAUUUUUGGCGGCUUAUAUUAUUUUUCAAAAAUUUUUGAUUUUUAUUGCUUAAUGUAGUGCAUCUUGUUUUUGCCAUAUCUUUUUUGUCAAGUCUGUUAGUACUUUGAAAUUUGCAGUAAUGAUAGAUUAAUUAUUGAGUCCAACUAUAGCAAGAAAGAAAUUUUUGAAAUGGGCAUGGGUUUUGAAAUUACAUCUAGUUUCCCGUACUGUUUUAGAUUGAAAAUUCAAAAAAGUCGGUAACGCUUGGAAGUUUUUGUGAUAUCUUGUUUCAACAUUAAUCUAACAAAACUAAAUAACAUACGGUUUGUAAAGCAUAAAAUGUAGUAUAUAUCCAAUAAGUUUUAUAAUUAUAUCUUGUUUUAUCAAAAAGUUAUGAUUAUCUGAAAAAACGCGAAUUUUCGAAAAUCCAGAAAAGUUCGAUUCCGCUUGGAAGCUGGACCAUUCUUUUUCUGUUUGAUACCUUGUAGCUAUAUCAUAACAAGAGGUAUUAAUAUGAAAUAGUGGUUAUAUGGACAACAAACUAUGCUUUAUCAAAUACAUUUUAAAGUUUGUCGAAAAAUUUGCAUAAAAGUUUUAAAAAUGCUUUUUUCAAAGGGAAUUGACCCUCUUUUCGGUUUUUUUGCCAUUUUUGAUCUAUUUUACUCUUCUAACACAAGAAAUUUGUAAAAUACGAAGCGAUUAAAAUUUUAAUCUUUUUAGGAAAGCCACAUUUCAUCGGUAUAUGGUUGUAUGUUCAAUCCGUUUUCCGAUCCAGAAGAUGGGUAUCAGUUGGCGACUUGUGGUGCGAAUCAGAUUCAUAUCUACUAUCUGGAAGCUGAUGGGGACAAACUUGAACCUCGAUUACGUUUGCGAGAUAAGAACGUAUGUUAUUUUUGAUUUUCUUGGGGUUUUAGGUAGCAAUUGGGUAUGUUUUAGAAGUUUUUAGAAGUUUAGGUGACAUUUUGGGAAUUUUUUUAUUCUUUCUUCGUUUUUAGGUCAUAUUUGGGCAAUUUCGUGAUGUUUAGGUAAUACUUUUGCACUUUUUUUUGGGUUUUUCUUUAUUUUUUAUGUAACACUUUUUGCUUUUUAUUGUGUUUUAGGUAAUGUUGGAUUUUUUUUUAUUUUUUAGGUAAUAUUUUAGGAACUUCUCGAAUCUUCUCAAUUUUUAGGUAAAAAAAUUUUUAUAUUUUAUUAAUUUUUUAGAAAAAGGAAAGUUACUAUGCGUUAACAUGGGCUAUUGAUGAUGUUCGAGGACUUACUGUGCUGAUUGUUGGCGGAGUAACUGGCUUAAUGAGGGUUAUUGAUCCGGCUACUGAGCAAAUUGUUGGGGUAAGUUUUUUUUGUUUAUAUUAAUUUUUAGGUAAUAAAGAAAUUUAUGAUGGCAUUUUUGGUUGAUUUAUAUACCUAAGCUGACAUUUUUGUUGAUUUUCGUACCUAAAUUGACAUUUUAAGCUUAAAAAUUUGUUUUUUUUUAAUUUUAGGUAACAAACUUGUUUAAAAUGUCAUUUUAUGUGAUUUAGGUACCUAAAACUUUCAUUUUUAUGUUUUUUAGUACCUCCGAGGUCACGGCGAUUCAGUGAAUGAAAUCAGAACAUUUCCUGAGAAUCCGAUGAUAGUAGUGUCAGCUUCAAAGGACAAGACGGCUAGAAUAUGGAACGUUGGUCUUCAACAUUGUCUGGCAAUCUAUGGUGGUGGUGAGGGUCAUGCGGAUGAAAUUAUUUCUUGCGUAGGUUUUCUCUAUUACUAUCAGUACUUGUACCCCUAUUACCUUACUUUAGCUCACUUUACUCUACCCUAGCUUACUUUACCUUAUCCUACCCUACCGUACUUUCCCAUACUUUAACUUACUUUAUCCUACCCUACUAUGCCCUAGCUCACUGGGUUUUACCCUAACCUACUCUAUUGUAAUUUACUCUGCCGUACUCUACCUGAUUCUAUCUUAACUUAUCUUACUAAUACUUCCAGGACCUCCACGUCGACCAAACCUACCUAGUGACCGCUUCGGUUGAUCACAGUAUUAAACUUUGGGAUUGUCGACCAGAAACUGCAGUUGCUCAAAGAAUCAAUGACAGUCUCGACCGGUCGAAACGUGAAGAAAUCAUCACUCUCCCACCAAUCGAGACCCACUUCCCAGUGGCUGAUACGAAUGAUAUACACACUAAUUAUGUUGAUUGUGUCAGAUUCAUUGGCAAGUUCAUCAUGUCAAAGUCAUGCGAACAUCAAAUGGCACUGUGGAAGUUUGGCACGUUUGAGACUGGGCCAGAUGGUGAGGGGGAUAUGGUUACUCCGGAGAGUUAUGUUGUGGAUUAUGCUAGCUUCGACAUACCUGACAGUUCGGUGUGGUUCAACAAGUUUGACAUUUGCAGUGAGAACAAGGUGAGUUAAGAGUUAUUGAUAAGGAGGGUAGUGUAGAGUAUAGUGGGUAGGGCAGGGUAAUGAGAUAAAACAGGGUGGGGUAAGAUAAAAAAUGAAAAGUAGGGUAGAGUCUUUACUGCUAAGUUCAGUAUUAUGACCAGGGGUGUCGCUAGGGGGUGGGUCCACCCCCCCGAGAGCCGAUCCGAAAAAAUUCCACAGGUAGGUCGCGAAAAAUCGAAAAAAAAUUUUUUUUGAAAAAUCGGCUCACAGGUAGCUUAAUCUAAUUUAAAAAAAUUGUAGUACCUAGCAGUAGGCAACUCUCAAGGCACGGUACAACUACUAGACCUCGAAAAAGUCACCCCUUCCAACAACAAAAUGACUUACAUACUGGAUGGUCCCAACACGAAAAUCUGCACAAGACAAAUGGCAUUCAGCCCGGAUGGCAAGAUUCUGAUUGCUGCAUGUGAAGCUGGACUCAUUUCGAGGUAUGACAAGGUAGAACAAGGUCAUUCAUCUUCGUGUAUCGUGAAAAAUGUGAAGGAGAUUAAUAUAUGA